GCUAUUAUCAACGCAUUGAUUUAUUUCCCUCUGGAUCAUAUUAUUGUCCCUCUUUGUAGCUCCUUUGUUUCUGCCUGCUCACCCUCUCUAGCUUUAUUUACCUUCUUCCAUUCGCGACUCUGGCUUCACUAUUUGUCCGCCCGAAACGCCUCAUUUCGCUCCCUGCACUCUGGGAUUGGGAUUUCCUUCGACGGCAAGAUGAUGAUGAUGACCAUGGAGGGAAUGAUGGACAGGGGCGUCCUCGACGACGUUAUUCGGAGGCUCCUCGACGGUAAAGGCGGAAAACAGGUCCAGCUUUCUGAGUCGGAGAUCCGUCAACUCUGCGUCAACGCCCGCCAAAUCUUCCUCUCCCAGCCUAAUCUCCUCGAGCUUCAUGCUCCUAUCCGCAUCUGUGGUGAUAUCCAUGGACAGUACCAAGACUUGCUGAGGCUAUUUGAAUAUGGCGGCUACCCUCCCGCUGCAAACUACUUGUUUCUGGGGGACUACGUCGACAGAGGGAAGCAAAGCUUGGAGACAAUAUGUCUGCUUUUGGCCUACAAAAUAAGAUAUCCCGACAAAAUUCACCUCCUGAGAGGAAACCACGAAGAAGCUAAGAUAAACCGAAUAUAUGGGUUCUACGAUGAAUGUAAAAGGAGGUUCAAUAUUAGGUUGUGGAAAAUAUUUACUGACUGCUUUAACUGUUUGCCCGUAGCCGCACUCAUUGAUGGCAAAAUACUUUGCAUGCACGGCGGUCUCUCUCCAGAAUUGCAAACUUUGGAUCAGAUAAAACAGAUUACAAGACCUACUGAAAUUCCUGAUAGUGGUCUCCUCUGUGAUUUGCUUUGGUCUGAUCCUGAUCCCACUAUUGAGGGCUGGGCAGAAAGCGACCGGGGGGUGUCUUGUACUUUUGGGCCUGUUGCACUCAAAGAAUUUUUGGAUAAGAAUGACCUUGACCUCAUUUGCAGAGGUCAUCAGGUGGUGGAGGAUGGAUACGAGUUUUUUGCUAAACGAAGGUUAGUCACAAUAUUUUCUGCCCCAAACUACGGCGGGGAGUUUGAUAAUGCUGGUGCGUUGUUGAGCGUGGAUGAAUCUCUAGUAUGUUCCUUCCAGAUACUGAAACCCGCGGAUAGAGCGUCCGGAAGUGGUUCAAAAUUGAAUCUUAAGAAGCCCCCAAAAAAGGUGUAGUCACUGGGCAAAAGCUUUUGGGUUCAAGCAGGAAUGCGGCAAGCUCAACUUGUGUGGAGUGGAAACAUCUUUAAGUAGAUGAGAUUUGUGAAGGGAGAGCCUUCAGCAUUUAUAAAUUGAAGAUUGCCGAUUUUGUGACGGCUCUGAGACUUUCAUAAACUGAACCGCCCAGGCAUGCAUUCUUUUGUGCAGGAACAGAGAUAUUUGCUUUAUAGUUUGUACGCUUAUAGAAUUAGGUUUUUUGCAAAUUAGAGUGUAAUUUUGUGAGUUCAAAAAGAGAUGUCAAAAAAAAAAAAGAGAUGUCAUGUUUCCAGACAAAGUAGAACUUCAAUCAUUUUUAAGUUAAGGCUGCUCAGCAGUUUUCCUGUUGGGAUGAUGGUUCAAAA